UUUUUGGUCCUGCCCAGACUAGCAGUCUUUUCUAGCAGUCUUUUUUGGUCCUGCCCAGACUAGCAGUCUUUUUUUGGUCCUGUCCAGCCUUGAUUUGGCCCAAACAUAGACAUCUAUGUUUAGAAAGGGGAAGGGGGAUACCUCGUCAGUUGUACAACUGAAUGCUUUGAACUGAAAUGUGUCUUCCGCAGUUAACCCAACCCCUCUAAAUCAGAGAGGUUCGGGGGGCUGCCUUAAUCCACAUCCACGUCUUGCGUCACCCAGGGAACAGUGGGUUAACUGCCUUGUUCAGGGGAAGUACAACAGAUUUUUACCUUGUUAGCUCGGUGAUUCGAUCCAGAGCGUUUCAGGUCCAAUGCUCUAACCACUAGGCUACCCAUCCAGGCAUAGUGCUAAUGCUAGUUAGCGUUGGCUUACGAAACUACCUCUAACUUCCUUCGUAAUGGGCACAGAGACAUAAAAUGUAUAUCCACAAGUUCAUCUGACUCUGGGGAAGUAGAUAAAGGGCCUCAUUGCUAAAAUCCUGAAGUAUCCCUUUAAUAUCAGCCACAGCACAAUGGUCUUUGGCAGUAGACUGUAGAGAAAAUAUUAGAUUAGAAUAUUAGUCUCUGCGCAGGCAAGAAUGUUGACAUGCCGUGAUUGUUGUGUACACUAUCAAAAACAUUGGUGUUAUGGUUGCAGCUUGGAAUAAGCACUGCUGUACAAAUAUAGACGUAGACUAAAUUCUAACCGUUUGACAAAAAAUUCUACCGGUAUAUUUGAUCUCUGGGUUAUGUUGUUGGCAUGUUAUGACAUGUUACACUUUGAGUGUUGGACUACUGAGUUGUUAUACCAUUUUCUCCCCCACAUCACUCCGGAUCAACCUGAAUGGAAUCUGGAUGUGCUGUAUAUGACCUGUCAUGGGUGAAUCGCCAUGACGACAGAACCAAAUUCAGAGUCUAGCGCGGACCAGCAGGAGGCCAGUGCGGCUCCGCCACUGGAGGCGGACUCUUUUCCCCCGGCUGCCGCCCACAGCACGCCUGUCAGGAAAGAGCAGAACGGCGACGAGAGAGCGGAGGGAGGCGUGGUCCCACAGGGGAAUCAGCUGGAGCCAUCACAGGCGGAGGAGGACAGGACCUCGUACAGGUCGUCCACCAGUAAGCUGUCCAGGUCUCCCGGUGGAGGACGGAGUGUCCGCAGCUCCAGGAACAUGCAGUGCAAGGUCACCCUGCUUGAUGGCUCCGCCUGCACCUGCAUGGUGGAGAAACGGGAGAGAGGCCAUGUGUUAUUUGACAAAGUGUGUGAGCAGCUCAACCUCCUGGAAAAGGACUACUUUGGCAUCACAUUCCGGGACAUCGAAAACCAAAAGAACUGGUUAGACCAAUCCAAGGAGAUGAAGAAACAGAUCAGAGGAGCCGCCUGGAAUUUUUCAUUCAAUGUGAAGUUCUACCCUCCAGACCCUGCACAGCUGUCUGAGGAUAUUACAAGAUAUUACCUGUGCCUCCAGUUGAGGGAUGACGUGGUGUCUGGGCGUCUGCCAUGCUCUUUCGCCACCCACACGGUGCUGGGAUCCUACACGGUUCAAUCAGAGUUGGGGGACUACGAUCUCGAGGAGUCUGGGACGGACUACGUCAGCGAGUUCCGCUUCGCCCCCAACCAGACCAAGGAGCUGGAGGAGAAGGUCAUGGACCUGCACAAGAACUACAAAGGAAUGACGCCAGCUGACGCUGAGAUGCACUUCCUGGAAAACGUGAAGAAGCUGUCCAUGUACGGAGUUGACCUGCACCAUGCCAAGUUGGUAGGAAGCCUGUUUGAGUGCUUGUCUCCAGCUAAGGGCGAGGAUUCGGAGGGUGUUGAGAUCAUGUUGGGCGUGUGCUCUAGCGGUCUUCUGAUCUACCGUGACCGCCUGCGCAUCAACAGGUUCGCCUGGCCCAAAGUCCUCAAGAUUUCCUAUAAAAGGAAUAAUUUCUACAUCAAAAUACGCCCCGGAGAGUUUGAGCAGUUUGAAAGCACCAUCGGGUUCAAGCUCCCCAACCAUCGGGCGGCCAAGAGACUAUGGAAAGUCUGCGUGGAGCACCACACCUUUUUCAGGUUGGUGUCUCCAGAAACUCCCCCCAAGAAGUUCCUAAAUCUGGGCUCUAAGUUCCGAUACAGUGGGAGAACCCAGGCCCAGACGAGACGAGCCAGCUCCCAGAUCGUCCGUCCGGCGCCCCGCUUCGAGCGCUCCACCAGCAAGCGCUACAUCAUGUCGCGCAGCCUGGACGGAGCUCCGCAGAAUACACCCAAAAGGAGUUCACCCAAAAGGAGUUCACCCAAAAGGAGUUCACCCAAUAGGAGUUCACCCAAUAGGAGUUCACCCACAAGGAGUUCACCCAAAAGGAGUUCACCCAAAAGGAGUUCACCCAAUAGGAGUUCACCCAAUAGGAGUUCACCCAAUAGGAGUUCACCCAAUAGGAGUUCACCCAAAAGGAGUUCACCCAAAAGGAGUUCACCCGAAAGGAGUUCACCCAAAAGGAAUACCCCCCAGUCUGUAUCCUCGAGAAUUGAACCACCUGCUAGUUUUAACGUCGCUAAACCAACAGAGAUGGGCUCGGACCUAUACGGAAGGGCGAAGGGCAUCGCCAUGAGCGACCUCAUCACCACCGUGACACCGGAGAAAAGGGUGGAGGAGAGGAAGGCAGAGGAAGAGGUGGAAGUAAAGGUGGAGGUAGAGGUGGAAGUAGAGGUGGAGGUGGAGGAGGAUGAGACCACGAAAGCCACCGAGAUCUCUCUACCAAGUCCAACCUCUCUCAUUCGACACGACACCAAGACUGAACUGACUGACGCUGGUGUCGAUGGUGAACUGACAGCCACGGAGUCGGACCAGGAGGAUGAGUCCGAGUUAAAGACACAGGACACAGUGGGUACCCCGGAGGAGCUGUUGAAACACACGACCAACAUUAGUGAGCUCAAGAGAUCGUUCCUGGAGACAGGCGCCGACUCGGCUGGCCUUACCGAAUGGGAGAAGAGGCUGUCAUCGUCCCCCCUGCGCUCGCCGCGCCUCGACGAGGCCCCCAUGAUCGAACCCCUGGAACUCGACGAGGUACCGAGCCAAGAGGAUGAGGGAGAGGAUGAGAGAGAGAGAGCCAUGGCUGCAGGCGGUAGCGUUGAGGAGGACAUCACGCACAGCCCUGUGGAUACUAAGACUACUGUGGACUCUGACGGGUGGGUAAUAGUAAGCAAAGUCCCUCCUAAGGUAGCCGAAAAGAGAAACAUUGUCAACUAUAAAGUUAUGGCCGUCGAUAACACUGUGGCUGAAGGAGUGCUCGGUGGCGCCAGUGGUGUCGUCGUCAUCAAAGAGUUUGGCAAACCAUACGAGAGCUUCAACAGUGAACUAGCGUCCAAGGCCGAGGAGAUGGAGGAGAAGACCUACACCCUGGGCAAAUCCUACGACACCAUGUCAGGCAAGAUCGUCACCAUGACGACGCAGGCCAAAGAUGGCGGGGAGGCGGCGGUAGCCGUUCCUGCGGUGUUCGCCAGGGAGCUGAAGAGGGCAGCAGACCAAUCCACCACCACUGUGAAGAUCAUCCCGGUGUCGACUGAGUACGAGAUGCCAGUGUCGGUCCACUUGAGUCUCCCGCCCAUAGAGGGAAUCGGACCCCCAAUGAUCACCAUCCAGGAGGCAAGGACCCCCUCUCCAUCUGAGGGAAUGGGACCCUCCAUGAUCACCAUCCAGGAGGCAAGGACCCCCUCUCCAUCUGAGGGAAUGGGACCCUCCAUGAUCACCAUCCAGGAGGCCAGGACCCCCUCUCCAUCCGAGCCCAGCGACGGUGGCCUGGGCGCCAUGCGGACCGUAGUGUCCAUCCGAUCCAGCCAGGACAUCAGUGAUGCCGCGAGAGCUGACAGCAGGAAGCAGCUACGGGAGACUUUUCUUCUGGGAGACAGGAGCACCACCCCUGUUGCGCCUCACACACCCCUCUCUCCACGGUCCCCAAUGGCCAAGUCCCCAAUGGCCAAGUCCCCAAUGGCCAAGUCCCCAAUGAAGAUGCCCAAGCCUCAAAUGGUCGAUCUGCGUCUGAGCCCCAGCCCUGUGUCCUAUCUUUCCAGAACCCCAUCGCCCUCCAAAGUGCCAAAGCCCACCUUUGAGGAGAUGUCCCCGGAGCUCACCGCUCUCUUACAGUCGGCCAGAGAUCAGACCAGCACGCGGGUCUGGACUGCUUCGCCUGCCUUUAGUCAGACCGUGUUUAAGACAACAGAGAAGGUGGAGCGGAUCGUGCUGCAGACAGAGGUGGUAUCUUCCCAACAAGAAAAGGACCAGGACCAGCCUGAGUUGAAGUUGGCACAGCCAGAACAGUCUGACCACCAGCCUGACAACAUGGAGAACCAGGCAGAGCAUCAGACUGAGCAGGUAGAGACAGACUCACUGGAAGGGAUAGAGGACGAUAGGCCUCAGUCCGUGCUGGGGUUUAAAGGGCUGAGCAUGCAUGAUGACCACUCUGACGACUCAGACACGCCAAGCGACACUAGUGAUGCCACUAGCGUAGCCUCGGCGGGGCCGGCCCUGACUGCCGCAGCCAAGGCCGCCGUGGACAAGGCUAUAGGGGCGGCGGUGAAGCAGGCGGAGGCCGAGGAGAAAACUCCAGCCCCAGGCUUGGGUGGAAGCCUAGGCCUUGGGCUGGACAGUCAGUCAGAGGGAGAGGAGUCAGCAGGGUCAGUCUCAGAGGAGGAAGCGGAGAAGGAGAACAGCCCAGACUGGAGAGGGUGCUUCGUGCCCCCCUCCCCCGUGCACACCUCUCCUAUUGGAGCGUCCUGGCAGAGUCUCAGUGGGGAGGUAGCUGCUGCAAGGGCUCACUCGGAGUUGUCUGUGCUGGAGGCUCCAGAGGUCCUGACCUUCAACAGGGCAGACGUGGUCAAUGUGACCCAGCAGGUCCCUGUAAUACACACGGAAAUGAAAACUGUCACAUACCAGUCACUAGAGGCCCUAGAGGCUGACGCUGAUCCCGAGGCGGGGGUGUUGAUGAGCGCCCAGACCAUCACCUCAGACACCACCAGCACCACCACAACCACACAUAUCACCAAGACUGUGAAAGGAGGCAUCUCGGAAACCAGGAUCGAGAAGAGAAUCGUAAUCUCGGGUGAUGCAGACAUUGACCAUGACGAGGCCUUGGCUCAGGCCAUAAAGGAGGCCAAAAAGCAGCACCCUGACAUGUCAGUGACCAAAGUAGUGGUCCACAAAGAGACUGAGAUGACGCCCGAGGAGGGCGAAGAGUGACCGCAGGUGUGACGGGGUCACCGGGUUCACCAACGUUUCGGGAGCAUUCUGUUAACGUUACUUCAUGCUGUUCAGAGUACGGGACGCAAGCAGGAUAGUGGCGUUGCCAACAGACAGCACCCCACUGUAGCAGACACUAAUACUGCAUCCAACCACUACUGAACUAACCUCAUCCACCCACACUCCCUCACUCACUCACCAUCACUACUGGCAAACACAGACCUCCAAAGCUACCUUCAUAGGAACAUGUAUACUGCAUGAAAAGGGAACAAUUCUGCAUUUUUGUAAAAGAAAAAAUAACAAUAUAUCAAAAGUUCUACAUGUUUUACUUGACCUGUAAACUCAGACUCAAAGGUUUAAGAAUGUAUGUGAUGAGAGUUAGGAUAGUAUAGAUCAUUAUGUUGUAUUUAUUAUCAAACUGCUCACUUGGAAACAUGUAUAAUAGUAGGCUAUGAUGGCACAAUAUUUAUCCACGCAAUAGAUGUGGCAUUCAUCUUGUCAGAAGUCCCCUUAUUUAUCCCAAAUGAUGAUUUUAUCCAAUUUUACAAAGAUUAUUCCCUUUAAAAAGACAACAAUAAUAUCUAUGGUACUGGUACAUGCAUUUGCUUAGUAGGUCAUUCAUGCUCGAAGAUGAUUUUGUUGUUUUUACUUGUAAAUAUGCUUAUUUGGUUUUCAUUAAUUACAAGGUGAGGAUGAGGAUGAUGAGGCAAAAUAUUGUAGAAGCGUUAGUUAGCAGGAAAAGUUCAACAGACUCCAUUACUGUGACCUCUGAGGUGAUUAAGAAACCCCUUAUUAUACAGUAUGUGUCUUCACACUGUGGAUUAUACUUUCUUGUUGGCUUGUAUCUGAAAUUAUACCCUAUUCCAUAUGGGCUCUGGUCAAAAGUAGUGUACUAUAUAGGGAAUAUGAUGCAAUUUUAGAUACAUAAUUGUUUAGACACAUUCUUAAAGGAAAACUCCACCCAAAAACAAUAUUUUGGUAUUUGUUUCAUUAGUCCAUUGUUGACACAGUCCCAACAUGUUUUGCUUGUCAGCAAUCAAGUUUUCAAGAUAUAUAACUUUGAAAAUACAGAAAUCAUCCCUGUAUGAAACAUUUUGCAUCACAGGGUGCUGCGUGUUGCGUCACAGGGUGCAAAAUGCAUCAUACAGGGAUGAUUUCUGUAUUUUGAAAGUUACAUAUCUUGAAAACUUGAUUUUUGACAAGCAAAACAUUUUGGGACUAUGUCAACAAUGGACUAAUAAAAUUUUAAAAAUGUUUUUUUUUUUUUAGGGAGGGGUGGGGGGGUUUCCUUUAAGUCCUACCCAGAAUCCUCCUCAUCCCUGUGUGGCACAUCCAAGCCUUAAAACUGUGCAGAAUGGGCAGACAACAACCUCAAGUACAAGCCUGCAGUGUGUGUUUGUGUGCUUGGUUUCUCCCACACAGAGGCAUCAUGCCCAAUCGAACUUGAGCUGGCACUAUCGGGUGGCACAUGCCCCCCUCAAUAUCAUCCACUGGGAUGAGAAUACAUAAUUAGCAGUGUCUUAUAGAAUGAAUAUUAAGACAUUAUAUAUCAAAUCAAAAUCAAAUCAAAUGUAUUUAUAUAGCCCUUCGUACAUCAGCUGAUAUCUCAAAGUGCUGUACAGAAACCCAGCCUAAAACCCCAAACAGCAAACAAUGCAGGUGUAAAAGCACGGUCAUCAGUGAGCCCUCAGAGAUAUUGGGAUCAUGAUGCCUCUGAUCCCACCUCUUCAAAUCAUCAGCUGUGAAAACCGUCCUUGUUGAAUGUGUUUCCCACAAGAUAAAUAAAUGGAUAAAUACA